UAAAGCUUUGAUUUUGGCUCAACAGCAGCUGUCUCAUGGCAAAGAGUUGUAUUUCACGGCUCCUGGUUGUUUUUCUGUCACUUGCAGUAUCUUUGGCAGCACCACCACCAGCCGUCUACAUCUUUGGGGAUUCGACUCUUGACGUCGGCACUAAUGACUUAAUACCCGAGUGCCAAGCAAGGGCGGAUGUCGCUUUCAACGGUAUCGAUUUCCCUUACUCGGAGCCGACGGGGAGGUUCAGCAAUGGCCUUAACACUGCUGAUGAAAUAGUGAUGCUGAUGGGUCUAAAGAGGAGUCCGCCACCUUUUCUUCGUCUUGUCCAGAAUAUGUCGACUUUCAAGAAGAAUAUACUCAACGGAGCUAACUUUGCCUCCGGUGGAUCCGGUAUUUUGAACACUACUGGAUCCACCGUGCAGAAAAGGGUCAUAUCUUUGGAGGAGCAGAUCCAACAAUUCUCAACCGUUCGUUCAAACAUCACAAACAUGACGGGCAGUGAUGCACAAACUGAUGCCAUUCUUUCCAAAGCAUUCUUUCUUAUAAGUAUUGGAAGCAAUGACAUCUUCGAGUACCUGCUUAACAUCACCGUACCACCAUCGAUGACCAUACCGGAGUUCAACGCCACAUUGGUAUCCACAUACGAAAAUCAUCUAAAGACUCUAUACGAGCUGGGCGCCCGAACAUUCGGUAUCUUAACGGUUCCACCAAUCGGGUGCACCCCAUUUGCUCGAGCUGUUUUCAGUACUCCAAUAUAUCAUAAAGACAGCUGCUUUUUACCGGCUCAGCAGUUUGCGCUGGCGUUCUAUACGGAGGCGGUGGCCUUACUAGAGAAGUUUAGCUCCCAAGUUCAGGACAUACAGUAUUCACUGGCGAAUACGUAUUUGAUGACCGACACUAUGAUGGAAGAUAUGUUCGCCUUUGGUUUCAAGGAUAUUUCAUCAGCUUGCUGCGGAAAUGGGACUUACCAAUGCAAUCAAACGGCCAGCGUUUGCUCGAAUCGCGACGAGUAUUUGUUUUGGGACAGGUUUCAUCCGACACAAAGAGCUUCGGAGUUGGCAGCCCUGACUCUAUUUGGUGCAUCGGAAUGGCUUGUGGCUCCCAUGAAUUUCAGUCAGUUGUUGGGGGUUAGCAUUUAGGAGCCAUCU